UGCGUAUCAAGAGAGACUGGGUUCCAGAGGGCUUGGACGGCGCAAGAAUAUUACGAUAGACCUACCUCUGCGGAAAUAACAAUGUGCGAGUGCAUUUCAGUCCACGUUGGCCAGGCUGGCGUUCAGAUUGGCAAUGCAUGCUGGGAGCUGUACUGCCUGGAACAUGGCAUUCAACCCGAUGGACAGAUGCCCAGCGAUAAAACCAUUGGCGGAGGAGACGACUCCUUCAGCACGUUCUUCAGUGAGACAGGAGCUGGGAAACAUGUCCCUAGGGCUGUGUUUGUGGAUUUGGAGCCCACGGUUGUUGAUGAGGUGCGCAUCGGCACAUACCGGCAGCUCUUCCAUCCCGAACAGCUCAUCACAGGAAAGGAAGACGCAGCCAACAAUUACGCUCGGGGACAUUAUACCAUCGGGAAGGAGAUAGUUGAUUUGGUCCUAGAUCGCAUGCGCAAGUUGGCUGAUCAGUGCAUGGGCCUACAAGGUUUCCUCAUUUUCCACAGUUUUGGAGGAGGCACAGGCUCAGGAUUUGCCUCUCUUCUCAUGGAGAGACUUUCCGUAGAUUAUGGCAAGAAGUCCAAGCUUGAGUUUGCAAUCUAUUCAGCACCACAAGUCUCCACAGCGGUGGUGGAGCCAUACAACUCCAUAUUAACCACUCUGGAGCAUUCAGAUUGUGCUUUUAACUUGGACAUUGAGCGUCCAACAUACACAAACUUAAACCGUCUCAUUGGGAAAAUCGUGUCCUCCAUCACAGCCUCUCUGAGGUAUGAUGGAGCGUUGAAUGUGGAUCUCACCGAAUUUCAGACAAACCUUGUUCCGUAUCCGUGCAUCCAUUUCCCGCUGGUCACAUAUGCUCCUGUGAUCUCCGCAGAGAAGGCCUACCAUGAGCAGCUGUCUGUGGCUGAAAUAACCAAUGCCUGUUUUGAGCCAGCAAACCAGAUGGUGAAGUGUGACCCUCGCCACGGCAAAUACAUGGCGUGCUGCAUGUUAUACAGGGGAGAUGUUGUACCCAAGGAUGUCAAUGCUGCCAUUGUAACCAUUAAGACAAAACGCACCAUUCAGUUCGUAGACUGGUGCCCGACAGGAUUCAAGGUCGGAAUCAACUAUCAGCCUCCGACAGUGGUGCCCAGAGGAGAUCUGGCCAAAGUGCAACGUGCGGUAUGCAUGCUGAGCAACACUACGGCCAUUGCAGAGGCCUGGGCCCAGCUAGAUCACAAGUUUGAUCUGAUGUAUGCCAAGUGUGCGUUUUUGCAUUGGUAUGUUGGAGAGGGCAUAGAGGAAGGAGAGUUCUCAGAGGCCCGGGAAGAUCUGGCAGCGCUGGAGAAGGAUUAUGAAGAAGAGGGAAUAGAUUCAGUGGAGGAGGAGGCUGAGGGCGAGGAAUACUGA